CCAUCUCCUUCAUUUCUUCUUCUUCGCUAAUUACAUGUUGUAAAAGGCUCGACAAGCUCUUGGCCAGUUGCAGUUCCUUCCGUUUGCUGCUGUUUUCUGCUUACAGAUGUUGUAACGGUUGAAAAUAGCGGUAUGGGUCGACGGAUUUUGGCUGAAUAAUGCAGAUUAUUGGGAGAAAUAUAGGGAGGAAAGGAAAACAAGUUAUCUAGAUAAGCUUCUUGCAUCAUCAUCAUCUCUUUUGAAAAACGUUUCAAAGUUUUAGAUGAAUAGUUGAAUAGUGAAUCUUCCGUUUUUAGCUAUUUUUUGUGGACUAUAUUUCUUGAAUUAUGGAGGUGAGAGGUGAAGAGCACGAUAUUAAGACGCCGGUUCGUGAUGGGAAUCAUAAUGGUGUUGCUGUUCUCACUUGCACUCAAACCCUAGACCAUGUUCAUCGUCCGCAGAGGCAACAACAACAACAAUCGCUAGGUCAAAUCGGAAGAUCUCCGCACCCGGAUCGAGUCGCCAGUUCGAAUGCCAAGGCAUCGGCCGGCGUAGUCAGGUAUCGCGAGUGUCUAAAGAACCACGCUGCCAGCAUAGGGGGGAAUGUUUACGACGGGUGCGGCGAGUUCAUGCCUAGUGGAGACGACGGAACGCUCGAAGCGUUGAAAUGCGCCGCCUGCGACUGCCACCGAAACUUCCACCGCAAAGAGGUCGAUGGCGAGACUCAACAGCUCGGGGGUAAUCAUGCCGGUCGAAGAAGUUUAAUGCUUAACCCUCUUCAGUUGCCUCCACCUUUGCCAUCUCCAACCAUGCUGCACCACUACCACCACCAUCAAAAGUACAUAAGUCCACCCAGUGCAAUGAUUGCACCGAUGAAUGUAGCGUUCGGCGGAGGAGGUACCGAGUCUUCGAGCGAGGAUCUCAACAUGUACCAGUCCAAUCCCGAGGGAAUGCCGCCGGCACCCUCUUAUGUUUUUUCAAAGAAGAGAUUCAGAACUAAAUUCACGCAGGAACAGAAAGAUAAGAUGUUGGAAUUAGCCGAGAAACUGGGCUGGAGGAUCAACAAACAAGAUGAAGAUGAAGUGGAGAAGUUUUGCACCGAGUACGGCGUCAAAAGGAAGGUUUUCAAGGUCUGGAUGCACAACAACAAGAACGUGAAGAAGCCGCCCCAGGAUGAGUAGCAUAUAUCAUCAUCUUCAUAAUUCCAUAUAUAUGUAUACAAUGAGGCAGCCUAGAAGAUUAAACCAGACGUUGUUAAAGGAGCUGGCCUUAAAAAAGUUGAAAUAUUUGUAUAAUUCUUCAUUGCAAAAGCCUUGGUUAUCUCUUGGCAAAUUCAGCACUUGCAUUAGUAAUUGUUCUUUCUUUAAGUUAUAAUGCUAGUCGCUUUCUCAUCA